AUGCCUCGUAAGCAGUUCAAGGCCGAUCUGGUCACCGCCAUUAGAGGCAACCACGGUGUCGAGUACAUCGACAACUGCUGUAUCCUUGAGGACGAUUUCACAUUUACCUUUACUCAUCCAACACUCGCAUCGCCUGUCACGAUCACCGCCAGCGUUCCAGAGCAAUCCGACUAUCCCACUGCUCACUACUACAGUCUCUUCUGCGAGGACAACGCAUCCAAGGAUGUUGCCGACAUCAUAGACAGCCUUGGCCAGCCAGCAAGCAUGACCAUCAACCAGUUCCUCUCACACGUCUCAGAUGCUCUCUCUGGUUCAACUAACCCCGCCUCUGAUGCAGUGUCAUUGCAAGACCACGACUCGGAUGACGACCUUGAUGACGAUGAUGAAGACAUCUAUGGUGGAGGCCUUGACAACGCUCCUUCACAGCCCGUCUUUGCCAUGCCUACGAAGACGACCCGCGCAGACCCAUCGAGUCAGUUCCAAUCCCGCAUCCGCAGCGACCUCAGACGUGCCAAGAAUGCCGGUUUCAAGAUCGCUUGUUUUGGCGGUCUUCUCGAUAACUACAGCUGUGUCAUUUCCGUCUCCGUCUCUGCCCGCAAGCUCGGCAUCUCGGAAGAGGCCAUGCAGGCCUGGCGCAUUGAGCCUUCCGACUACAUCAUCUUACUGAUCCAGUACAAGGAAGGUUACAAGACCAAGGAAGAACUGCUCGCCCUUGCCCCAGCCUCUGUGCCCACACAUAUGGAUAUGCGCGUGGGCGCCUCCAAGAAUUACAAACCAACACAAGAACAAGUCAUCAACGCCUUCAACGCCACCGGUACACCAACCACUCCAGACAGUGGCUCGACGCAAUUCCGUGACACUUUCAUCUCCAAGCCUCUCAAGGAUCUCUUGUCGGAGCGACUUGUCUACGUCGUACGCUACAGAGAUGCCGGCAUGUCGUGGCAGGGCGCCGAGGACUCGUACAGAAUGAGGCAGGCCGACCCUGACGCAGACGUAUGCGCUGUUGCUCAACAUUUCGAGAAGGAAGAAGCGCCAAGUUACCCUGCGAUCGUUACUGCGGACCACCUGGAUGAUCGCUCUGCAACGCACUCCUUCCCUCUCGCCGCUAUGCAAUUCACGCUGCGCCACUUCGUUCGUUGUACCGAGUUCUGUCUCGUUUGUCACAAGAAACUCUCCACUUUGGUCGAAGCACUCAAGCCUUACGUUUGCGAUGAACCCCUCUGUCUUUAUCAGUACAUGACUCUCGGAUUUGGUCCAUCCAUUGAGCAUGAAAUCAUGCAUCAAGACAAGGUCGUUGACUUGCUCCUGAGCUUUUGUUACAGCAGCGCCUCUUUGGGAAGACUCAGGGACUUCCCUACUGGUCUUGCUCUGAGUUUGCCCCGUUCUAUCGCCUUGCCAAUUCAGACACAGGCUCUCCCAAACUACAGUACAUCUGUGCAGCCCUCAAACCCUUCUCCUUUAGCGUCUGAUGGUCGACUUCAGGCUCGCUUCGACAUGAGCAAGUCUGAGAUUCUCUUUGAAGACGCCAACUCAGCUUGUCCUCUCAAGAAGGGUGAUUGGAUCACUAUCGAGCUGCCGGACGAAACAGGAAGCCCCUUGUUCCACUGCAGAAUCCAAGACACGCUCGGGCCCUCCGCUAAGACUGGCCCUCUGAUCGGACAAGUCACUCAGAAAGAGUCCAGCACUGCUAAAUGGUCCGAGGCCUUCAUCGACAAGUACAACACCAACUUUGAUGAUCUGUCCGAGGCCGACAAACGCGGUGCUGUGCAGCGUCUGCUGGCUUUGCUUCCAUCGGUUCAAAGUAUGAAGACCUAUCUCCAAGAACAGAGUACACCAGACCUGUCUCGAUGGGUCGAUACCAUUUCACCAGCUGCACUAUCCAUCCUACGCUGGACCCUGGCCUCGAAUCGCUCAUGUAUUGUCGAGGUUGAACAGCACAAGGCAGUGCAUGGUAUGUCAGGUUACGUGCAGUUUCGCUUCGCUAUGGGUGCACCUGACAAGGAAGCCCGUUUUUUGAAGGCUGUCAAAGAAACCGCAGCUCGACUCAAAUCCAGAUAUCCAACCUUCUACGCCUGGCACGGUAGCGGGCUUCAGAAUUGGCACAGUAUUAUCCGCGAGGGCUUACAUUUCAAUGAAACCAUCAAUGGCCGUGCCUUCGGAAAUGGCGUUUACCACUCUCCACAUUACGCUACCUCACUCGGUUACACUGGCAUGCACUACCAAGGAAGUGUACCAGGACCAUACAUGUGGCCAAACUCGGGCCUGCAGAUCUCGGGAGCAAUGGCUCUCAAUGAAAUCGUUAAUGCGCCUAACGAAUUUGUCUCCAUGAACCCCCACUAUGUGAUCAGUCAGCUGGAUUGGAUCCAGACUCGCUACUUGUUCGUGAAGUGUGGCACUACCGCUGAUGUCAACAUGCCAAAGUUCGACCAGCUGCCGGAGCACAAGCUAGAGCAGGACCCCAGUCGCAUCCCGACCGGCGAGCAAUCACAGAUAGUCAUUCCAGCACUGCAUGUCGUCAAGGCUGUGAAGCGUAAGCUGACCAGCUCCAAGUCGCCUGGUCCGAAGAAGACGAAGAAGGUCAANAAAGGCUUGUGGAGUAAGAUUCCCACAAAGACGCCAAUUGUCGACUUGACAAGCGACGCCGAUGGUGAUGUGGAAGUCUUCUUCGAUGAUAGUGAGCUAAGCGAUAGCUUGAGUGUGGCCACCGACGAUGAAGACCGCGAGAUCUUCGAAGAGCCUCCAUCCUCACAGGAACUGGCUCUUAGAACAGGUCGGCCACAGACCGAUUUUGUUCCAGGUUCACUGAGCCAUGACCAGCUUCCUAAGCUACCAACGCCCUCGUAUGCCAACUCCAUCGCGAACAAGAGACUUUCACAAGAUCUGAAGGCCCUGCUCGAUGUCCAGAACAACACACCGCUUCAUGAGCUUGGCUGGUACAUUGACCCUAGCAAAGUUGACAACCUGUACCAGUUAAUAGUUGAACUACAUUCGUUCCACGUGUUCAACGAAGGAAGUCGUGUGCUGCCGCUUGUCACCGACAUGAAGAAUCACAACAUCAAGAGCAUCGUCCUUGAACUCCGCUUUCCCGGCUCUUACCCCAACAACCCGCCAUUCAUCAGAGUCGUCCGCCCUCGCUUCCUUCCCUUCAUGAACGGUGGCGGCGGUCACAUCACUGCGGGAGGUGCUAUUUGCCAUGCCGUUCUUACCACUGACGGCUGGCUACCCACUAACACCAUCGAUUCUGUCCUGUUGCAGAUCCGCAUGGCCAUCGCCUCUACCGAUCCUAAGCCUGCACGCUUACAGAUCAGGGGCACAUAUGCCGAUGGUGACUCCAACUCGUAUGGCACUAGAGAGGCCGUCGAAGCUUACAAGCGUGCUUGCAUGGCUCAUGGAUGGACUGUCCCUGCCGACUUUGACCAGACUGUUGCCGAAGAGCCGCAGCAGCAUUAA